CUUUAAGCCCUGAUGGGGGACGAGUGCAAAGCUCAAUCUCACACCCUACACAGGCCAGCGACCUGCCUCAGGGCAUGGCUCAGAUCCAACUCAUUUAGUCAUCCCUUAGCGAGGCCGGGUAAAACCUCCCUACGAGGUGUUGAAGAUCGUCCGCGACGAUAUUAUCGCGAGGCCGAGGUAAGCCGUCCAUCUCGACGCACUCCUAUACAUCCGUCUUCCACGACGCGAUCUCAUUUCCUCUUCCACGAGGCCGAGGUAAGCCGUCCACCACGACGCACUCCCAUCCGUCUCCCACGACGUGAUUUUAUUUCCUCUUCUACGAGGCUGAGGUAAGCCCUCCCCGCGAGGCACUCCAGAUCGUCCGCGACGAUAUUAUCGCGAGGCCGAGGUAAGCCGUCCAUCUCGACGCACUCCUAUAUAUCCGUCUUCCACAACGUGAACUAUUUGCUCUCGGAUCUAAGGCGAGGGGUGCAUCCUUUGUGCCUAUCUCACAUACCCGAGCAGCUCUCAUUUGAAGACCCCGGUCUCACUAAGGAUGACGUCAAGGUUUGUUCUAGACCAGACUACUACACGAUCGGCGCACUCCGUUGAUCAUGCCUAUCUGUUGUCCAAAGCUUUGGACCCAACUCAUACGUUGACUUACUUUUCUCGGCCGUGUGGUGAUCGGUCCAUCCGAGCCCGCGAGUGCCUUGUGUUCUUUGUUGAACUUAUUUUGCAGGUUUGAAGGAUGAAAAGGCUAGGCUCAGCCUUAGCCACCGCGUGAGGCACUCUAGCUCGGCCUCAUCCGCUCAAGCUCGGCCUCAUCCACUCAAGCUCGGCCUCAUCCGCUCGAGCUCGGCCGCAUCCGUUCAAGCUCAGCCUCGACCACCUCAUGGGGUACUCGAGCUCGGCCUCGGCCUCGGUCAUCUCGUGAAGGGGCCAAAGACUCCCAACGGAGCCGAGCAUGGACACUACUCCCCUUCGCCUCGAAAUUCUUCUUCGGCUUAGGGAGUGGGGGACUCCGGGUGCUCGGCUCGUGAUUGUUACAUCUCACAUCGUGAGAGGUUGGCGAUUGACAACACCGACCUUGUAUCAGACCGCAGCUGUCCGUGUCGGUAUGCACUCGUCGGCAAUACACUAUGAUGAAUAGCCCUCGACUCCGGACAACGAGUCCGGGGGACUUGAAGAUCACCUCUUCUGAAAUUUACACAGAAGACCUCACCCCCUAGCAAUAUUUUCUUGAUCCACUCCGUGGGAUGAGAUGUACUCUUUUCUUGACCGAGGAUUUUUUCCCAUCCUCAUGGGUUUUUUCCUCGGCAAGUUUUUAAUGAGGCAUCCCCCGUGGAAUGGGUCACACAUUGACGGGAUUGUGAGAGGAUGACGACUUAUUCAUGCACUCUGAACAGCAAACCGACGAUGCCCUUUGUACGAGAGCAGAACCUUUCAAGACAAUGAGCAGAUUGGGGCAUACUUUUUUACCGUGCCGCUCCGGACAGCGAGUCGGCAGCGCACAUCGUGCUCAGUGCUACGAUUUCUUUUACUUGGCCACUAUGGACAACGAGUCGGCAAUGCACCUCAUAUCCAUGGAUGCAGAUUCUUUCACCUUGCCUUACUCGGAGCAGCGAGUUGGCGUUGCAUUUCGAGACAAAUGGCGUCGCUUGCCUUACUUCACCGUGCUCAGGACAGCGAGUUGGCGGUGCAGUCCAGACAGCAAGGAGGACGGUGUCCCUCCGUGGAGAAUUAUGGUUCUACUUCCACUUCACCUCGAGUUCCUCUCGGCUCGAGAAGUGGGGGACUCAUGAUGGAUACCCGAGACAGGGGGUAUCCGGU